AUGAAGAGGUAUGCGUUGGCCAUAUCUCGGCAACACAGAGUGAAGCAGUCUGAUCGAAGGCAGCUGAAAGUCAUAUGCGUCAAAUUGAAUGAGGGUUGCAGGGGGAGAGUUAUCGCUCGGGUGAGCCCUGGGGUAUGUCAGCCAUGGCAUAUCUCAAAAAUUGAACCCCAUAGCUGCGAGCAAUUGGGGGCUCUUGAAAAACACCGCAACGUCACUGCAAAAUAUGUAUCACAUAUCAUGCAAGUGGCGGUGGAAGAAGAUAUAACCCUUGGUACAAAGAAGCUGCAAAAAACCGCGGAAGAUCUGAUUGGCUUCCCGGUCAGCUUUAAUAAGGCAAGGCGGGCGAAAGAGGAGAUUUUUCAGAGAUUGUAUGGCACCUAUGAGGAGGCAUAUGACCUUGCCCCGAGACUACUCCAUCAGAUAGAAACAACUAACCGGGGGACUCAAGUGGUCAGGAGAGUUCGUCAACACCCUCUGGAGGAAAACCAAGAAAUCCUUGAUCGUUUAUUCUGGGCAUUACCCCAGACUAUACGGACAUUCCAUCACUGCCGCCCGGUGCUGUCAAUAGAUGGUACCUUUCUCACAGGAAAGUACAAGGGCACACUCUUGGUGGCGAUCGCAGCUGACGCAAAUAAUCAGCUCUUGCCUAUUGCCUAUGCACUUGUCGAGAGUGAAAACAAAGAUAGCUGGUUCUGGUUCCUCAGCUGCUUGAAGAUGGGAGUCGUGAUAGAUCGGCCCGAUGUUUGCAUCAUAUCAGAUCGCAACACAUGCCUUUUGAGCGCUCUCGAACUAAUCAAGAAUUUAUUGGACCCUCUCUGGGGCUGGCCCGACCUGGAGACAAGGUGGUGCAUGAGGCACUUGGCAGCUAAUUUUUACUCAAAGUUCAAGAACAAGGACUGGUUCAAGCUAUUUAAAAGGAUGUGCAUGCAGAAGACUGAGGCGAAGAUGAAUGCUAUUUGGGCCGGAAUCAACAAAGAAAUCGAGAGUGCCGCCUUGCCGCCGAGAGAAGACCGGAGGGGCCGGAGGACUGAAAUAAAUUGA